UUUAGGUGAGUCAGCAACCGACAUCUUGAGGACGUUCCUAACUGAGCAACUUCUGAACAACAAACGGAGGAAGGGGAGAGAGAGAACAUUCCAAAUUCCCUUACUCAAUACCGCCAGUAGUGGAAUUUUGUCUGGAUUGGUGUUGAUGUACUGUACCGGUGGUUUCAAGUUAAAGCAAAGAAAUACGUAACAUGUCGGGGAUGUAGCGUCGUUUUCAAGAGAUGGAAAUGUUUCUAGUUAUGUAUUUCACUCCCUUGAAGGCAAUCAAAGACGGCAAUGGAAACUUCAAAAAGCAAAAGGGAUUAAAAUCUUAUCUUCGCCUAGAUCUUUGCAAUGUCGACGACUGCCAAGGAUCCAGAAAAGCUAUAUUCAGGAGACAGCAAUGCAUCUAGUGAAGUGGUCAACGAGGACGACUCAUUCUACGUUAACAUGACCACCGAGGACCUGCUACAACCGGGUCACGUUGUCAAAGAACGAUGGAAAGUGGUAAAAAAAAUUGGCGGUGGUGGAUUUGGGGAAAUCUACGAAGGCCUGGACCUAGUGACAAAAGAACUUGUCGCAUUGAAGCUCGAGUCAGCGAAGCAAGCCAAACAAGUGCUGAAGAUGGAAGUCGCAGUUCUGAAAAAGCUCCAAGGUAAAGAACACGUGUGUCGUUUUAUUGGGUGUGGCCGCAACGACAGAUUCAACUACGUUGUAAUGCAAUUACAAGGAAAGAAUCUGGCGGAACUGAGGAGAAGCCAACCGAGGGGUGCUUACAGUCUCAGUACCACACUACGCCUCGGAUUGCAGAUCCUUAAGGCCAUCGAAAGCAUCCACGAAGUUGGAUUCUUGCACAGAGAUAUCAAACCGUCGAACUUCUCAAUGGGGCGACUUUCGCACAACUGCCGUAAUGUUUACAUGUUGGACUUUGGAUUGGCUAGACAAUAUGUGACUGCGACAGGAGAAGUUAGGCCUCCCAGGGCUGCUGCCGGCUUUAGAGGCACGGUCCGAUAUGCUUCCAUCAAUGCCCAUCGGAACAAAGAAAUGGGUCGACACGACGAUCUGUGGUCUUUAUUCUAUAUGUUGGUGGAAUUUGUGAAUGGACAGUUGCCUUGGAGGAAAAUCAAAGACAAAGAGCAAGUUGGUAUCAUGAAAGAAAAAUAUGAUCACCGAUUGCUGUUGAAGCAUUUGCCUUCCGACUUCCGACAGUUCCUGGACCAUAUCCUUACAUUAGACUACUUCGAGAAACCAGACUAUGCCAUGUUAUCUGGUUUAUUCGAACGUUGUAUGAAGCGAAGAGGUAUAAAAGAGAACGAUCCCUUCGACUGGGAGAAACACUUCACGGAUAAUUCUGUCACCACCACAGUCACCACAUCGCCUGCCGUCAUAUCCAAACCUCCUCUGGCCGGCACCGUUCCUCCUGGUACACAUGGCACUGACAAUAUGCUGGACGAUAAUAUCAUGGCAAGCUUCGAAGAUCACGGAGAAAAUUAUAAGAUGGACGACAUGGGUGGCAAAAGAGAGACUUCGAAGGAAAAUUUGGCUAAAGUUUAUUACCCCGCAGAGGUGAUCGAAGGCGGCAGAAUGCCAGACAAUGCGCAUCCCAGACAUCUCAACGAGAACAACAACAACUAUUACGCCAAUAAUAAUGCCAUCAAGGCCGACGAAGCGCCUCCGAAUUCUAAAUUGGAGAAAAUGGAAGUUGAAGAGGAGGACGAGGCAAAGGAGCAUGUAAAUGGAGCCGAGCCUGUGGAGGAUCCUGCUAACCAGCAGGGAACGCCAGAUACCGAUCGCUGCAAAGAUGCCAAAUUGUGCAUCGCCGACCAUCCAUGCCUCUUCAAGGAUGAGUCUGGAUUCGGCAGCAGGGGAACAAGUCCCCGACCCAAAGAAGGAGAUGGUGGGAGCAGUCGAGAAGUGUCCUAUAGACAUCCAGGUGCCAGUGAGGGGACGAAGCAGCAGCCAUUAUCCGUGCUGUCAGCUACAGAAUCGAAGUUGCUGAGAGAACCGAGGGAGCACAGACAUCGUCGGUACCAUUCAGGAUAUAAAUCCCGAUAUUCUAGGGAUAUUUCUAUCACUCAGAUGGCACUGGCUGAAGAUGAUAACAUAUCUGCCUUACAACAGGUCACAAAAGGUGGUGCAGCUGCUGUAACACUAGCAUCCAAGUGGCAAGUCUCCUUCGAUGACAGCGAAGAGACCGACAAUGAAGUGGAAGCCAAAGACAACCUUACCUCCCCUGAACACCGCCCCGUCAAUGCUCAAGAAUCGCCCUCCAAAAUAUCUAGUUCUCAUGCCGGUCACUUUUGGCCAUCUUCUCCGGAUCCUGUUCUCACAGUCCAGACUCAUCCUGGAAACAAAGGGGCCCAAAUGACAUCUGUCAAAAAGAACUCUGCCUUUUUAUCUGAGCAAAAAAUGGAUGUCACUGCAGUCAGAAACAGAAUGUUCUGGAGGAUGAAAAAACAGAAAUGCAUUAGGAGAGUUACCUCCCAGCCUAUUAAAUUAGCCAAUGAUCGUAUCGCACCACUAAUCGAAAUAGAAGAAGGAGAAGGACGACAUUCAGCCCGUGGCGUGUUGUUCCAUGAUGACAUGACAACUUGCGGUCGUUCUUGGAGCUGUCCGGAGUUGUCUUUGGGCCUCUAUUCCCUCCCUGGAUCGCCGAUGAAACACAGCGCAUCUGAAGCCAAUCUUCAAGAUUUAGUCAGAAGUAGCGACAGAAUUCUGGAGAAAAAGAACGUGCCUUCACGACGGCAUUCUGCCGAAAUUCAUUCAAAUGUUGAAAUUUUAAAAGAAAAUGAUAAACGAUGGUCUGUAGGGUCAACCUUUGAAAAAAUAGCAAAAAAGAUUCCUGAAAAGGACGUUGUUGAAAUCAAAAUUGAUUCAAAAUCUGUUGAAGAUGCACAUAAUGAAGGCAUCAAAUCAGCACCUAUCCCAUCAAGUGUAAGACCUAAAGGAAUCCUCAGGAAAUCUGGUUCUGAUCAACCUCUAUCCCAAGCCAGUCAUAAACAGGAAAAUGAAAAAGUAUUCAGCAACAAACUCAUAGUUACAACAAUUGAAUGGGAAGCAAAUGAUAAGGUAGGAAAUGUCGUCAAACAUGAAGUGGAGAGUCCAACUUUAGAAAAACAGUCACCUGCUACUCCAGUAACGGAAAUCACACGUCAUCACUUAGAUGAACCCUCCGUAUAUUUCGAUGCCCCUCAGCCUAAUGAAGAAGAUUCUGAUGAUCCGCGAAGAGCUGGGAAUGGAGAAGAAGAAGAGUACGACACACCGCCUAAAGAUGACGCUCAUUCGGCUAGUAACAUAUCAGAGACGAGAUACGAUGAUGCACUUCAAUUUCGUAAACGGUCGCCGACUCCUCCAAAUCUGAGGGCUGUGAAAUACUCUACGGCUAUCCGCCGGAAACUAAAGGAUGUUGAUUUUCAUGUUGCCGAAGCAGUGAUUGAGGAAGACAAAGAAGGUGGCUCAACAUCGGACUGUCCAUCACCUCGCAGGCAAGAUUCCGUGACUCAGACACAUCCAGCCUCACAACAACCUUUUUCUCGUUCCGGUAGUGGUAGCGAGGACAUUAUGCGCUCAACCAUCCCUAUCCAUAUGAUGGACACUUGCCGCGAGCCAACUCCAGAGACGGACUCUGACAGCUGGAGGGUGGCCAAAGGUGGAUCAGAGGAGAGUAUACGGCAGCCGUAUCUGCUGAAAUCCUAUAAUCGCAGACGACCGCGAUCUAUGGUAGAAGGCAACGCUAGAUUUGUAUGUCCUAGGGAGAAUAAUGGGAAGUACGGUGUGGACUUUGUAUCUAAACCUUUGCGUACAGGAGAAAAAGUGAUACAAAAGCCAGUGAUGUCACAAAUGUAUACUAUGCGAGGCGCAAAGCAAAGAACGCCUCCAGAGCUUCAGGAUGGUGCCAGAGGUGGAAUUCCGAGUUCAAGAAGCGCAUCUAGCUCUCGAGAAGAAUCAGAAUAUGUAGAGACCAAUAACAAAAUGCCGCUUACUCAGAAACGCAGUGACUUUUUUACGCGAAGUAUAAGUUGGGACGCCAAGUUUCGCAAAGAGCGCUCCCCGAAUUCCCGGAAACCCUCUGAGGACAAAUAUGUCCGCACGGAUAUGAACGAUUGGAGGGGUCGACAUUCCCGGAGGCGUCAUCGGGCAGGUUUGUCUGGUGGCGGAGAAUCCCGCAUCCCAAGGCCUAAAGGUCGGCUGAAGGUAGCCGAUUCAGAGGAACAACUGAGUAACGAGUUCCAGCAGCAGGAGCAGAGAUGUCCAGCUGUUAGGUCGUGUAGUGGCAAACAACAAAGCGAGUCGCGAGUGUUGUCUCCAGUGUCUUCGUCCCUUCCUACUCUUCAGAAUGACUCGGGAGUCAAAGUGGUGCAUCCAGAGUUUCACAGAAACUGCAAAAGUGAAGUUCUUAUUCCUAGGUUCAAACCAGAAGGGGGUGCGGCUUACAUGCAACCUAGGUAGAGAGAUUUCCUCCACGUUUCAGGAGACGGCGGUAUCGUCCACUCACACCAAAGGACUUACCAAUGACUGGAAGUGAAUCCUCUUGAGCAACUGGACUGCGAAAAGCUUCGUUCAACGGUAUAUAGUCAGGAGGAUGACAUCAAAAACAACAAAAGCUCUGAUGCUACACCGAGGAACUCGAAACCGCGUCAUUUGCUUCGAUGAAAGGUUUUCAGUGAAAGAAUUUUUUUGCAAGAUCUAGUCACUUCUUAGGCAAUUUAGAACUAAUUCUACAAUAUUCAAAUAUACAUAACUUCCAAAUCAAGAACUGAGCAUCUGUUGCCAGACUUCUUUAUUCCAAUGCCCUCUGCACUUUAUCCUGCGAGGAAUAAAUAUCCUUUCUCUGCCAAGACACAAACGCUGUUGCUGUCGAAUCUUAUAAUUUGUGAAGCUUUUUACCCGUUUUGUGACCGUUUUAUCUGAAUUAGUUCCUCAGAUAGAAGCAUUUGCAAAGGGACAGUCACCGCGGUUUUCUGAGGAAACGGACUUCUGUUUCCAAAUUGUGAUCAACUGUUAUUGAUUUACUGUAAUAGAGUGAAGCAUUUAAUUUUGUGUACGAAUGGAACAUUAAUGUAUUUUUAAUCUAGUGAAAAUAUAUGAAUGGUGACUCGUUUUUCUUUAUGGCGCUAGUGCUACAAAACAGAAUAGUUUUAUAUGACAAAAAAUUAAAAAAAAUAAAAAUCAGUUUAAAACAUUUCACAUUUCUACAGUAGUAGUCAGUGCUUUCUCUGGUGUUUUUCCAAUCAGUAAACGGGUAAUCUAGUCAAUCUAAAUUUAUUAUCUUCAAUUUUUUAAAGUUAUUUGCUUGUAUAAUGCUUUUUCAGAAAAAAAAAAUAGAAAGCUUAUAUGAUUGGAAUGAUUCCAGUUUUGUGUAGCCUAAAUUAAGAGAUGCUUAAAUUUUGUCAGAAAUACAAUUAUUUCUUGGAGAAUGCUGAAUCUAUCUUCAAUUAAAUCCAAUUAUUUUGCUUGUGAACAAACACUUAGAAAUUUUCAAAUAUUGUCAUUGAAACGAAAGAAAAAGAUAACUAAUGUAACACAAUUAUAAAUUAUGUAUUGCUUGUAUAUUUCAUUGUGGUAUCGACAGCAUCAUUGCCUAACUAAGAGUUAUAUGUUUUAUUGAUCUGUUUUAAUUGAUAUCCGUGAUAUCACUGUUUAAACUAUAAGGUAUUAUGUCUGUGGUAUAAUUUGCAGUGAUGAUAAUUUAUUGAUCUUGGUCUUAGAUGAAGAUGCUGUUCUGAUAAUAAAAUAUAUUUGAUAAAAAAGA